AUCCAGGAAAUACUCCAAUUUCUACAAAAUGAGAAUCCCCAAGAAGCUAGCUUCUACUGUUUUGGUACCAUUCUUGACAUACAACCACAAUAUGGAUGGUACUACAUCUCAUGCAGCAAAUGCAACAACAAACUUGAGAAGGCUGAUACAUCAAUGUACUGCAACUAUUGCAAGGAAUCCAACAACAUUGGCAUUAUCAGUGAGGCCACCAAAAUUGCUGGGCGUAGAGCUGCUGAUGUUUUGAAGGAGGCAAUGGAGGCUGCCGAGAAAGCUUCUUAUGCAGAAAUAAGUCUCCAGACCCCAGAAUGUUUAAAGCAUAUCAUUGGCACUACUUGCAAAUUCCAAAUCAAACUCUCCGAGUACAACUUCAAAACCUCUCGCCAAACUGUCUCAAUCUCACGCAUUUUGGAAACCAUCACAGACCUUCCAACAGAAACAGUAGAAAGGAGUUCUGAG